AUGGCGGUUCGGGUGGCAGCCGCCCGUCACGUGUCUACAACUGCCCUGGCCAUCGAUCUAGGGGGGCGUGAUGGUCGUGGCGAUGAUCGACGUAGUAGUGAUGGUUGCCCUUAUCUAUCCAGGGGGAGCGGCCCUGAUUUUGUUCAUGGCGACGGCCGUGGUGACUAUCGAAAUUGUUGCGACGACCGUGAUGAUGGCAGGGACAACGGCGACAGUCAUGGUGAUGGCAAGGAUAACGGAGAUGACCACGGCGAAGGCAGGGACCGCGGUGAUGGCCGCGACAUUGACAUCAUCCGUCCUGAUGGUGAUGGUAGGAAUUGUGUUGAUGUAUGUGAUGAUCUUUAUGUGGUGACCAUUGCCGGAGCUUCCGGCAACUAG